CGGAGGUGACUUGGUGUUACGAGUGUGCCGAAGAAUCACAACCAUGUUAAAAUAAACGAGAUUUGUUUCAAGCCAGACGGAGACACAUUGCCACGGUGCUUCUGGGACGAGGAUAAGGAUAAAGAUCUCGAUUGAUUCUUUUGUGAGAUUCGCUCGACAGCGCCCUCCUCGCCGCCCUCUCUCUCCUACGGCCGCUGCUGACAGAAUGGCGAGCGAAUUCGACGAGCUGUUGACGCGCCUGGGGACUGGCAGGUGGAACUUCCUCUACUUCAUCGCCACGUCAUACUGGUACUUCCUGAUUCCCCCACAGACCUUCAGCGGCGUGUUCCUGGCCCCCUCCGUCAACGUGACCUGCCGCCCAUCCGACCCCGACUCCGCUCUCCGUGUGGCAGAAGACUCCUGCAGUUACUUCGUGAACAAGUCAUCCGGCGGCGUCGAAGAAAUACCCUGCACAGAAUGGAUCUACGACGACUCCAUAUAUUCAAGCACCCUCACCUCUGAUUUCGGUUUGGUUUGCGCCGAGGCCUACAACAGGGCUACGUACCAGAGUAUCUACACCUUUGCUACGAUCUUCAGCUCCAUCCAUGCAGGCUACUUAGCUGACAAAUUCGGGAGGAAGCCGGUCGUCCUCAUAACCCAGGUCAUCUACGCAGCCACGGGAAUUGCCAUGUGCUUUGCCAACAGCUUCCCGCUCAUCCUCGGCCUCCGCUUCGCCAUGGGCUGCGUCAGCCUCCCUACCAUCUACAUCUUGACCAUGGAAGUGUGCGAGGUCAAGUACCGCUCGGUCGUCGGCAUCCUGACGGGGCUGCCGUGGGCCUUCGGCACCAUGGCGUGGGGGGGAAUGGCCUACCUCAUCCGGGACUGGCGCUGGCUGCUGUUCUCCGUGUCGCUCCCCACGCUCCUCGUGCUGCCGCCGCUCUUCUUCAUGGACGAAUCCCCUAGAUGGCUGAUCGUCAAGGGCCACCACGACCGGGCCAUCAGGGUUCUGCAAAGGGCCGCUCGCUGGAACGGAGUCUCCCUCCCGCCUUCCGAGGAACUGAGGAAAAUCGUGAUGAGUAUCCAGGAAGAGACGGAGAACGAAACGAGAAAUAAUGAGAGAGUAAAACACAAGAGAAAUGUGUGGUCUUUCCUGAAGGUGCCGACACUUUGCAGCACUCGCCCCAUAAGGACCAUCACUAUAAUCUUCAGCCUAAACCUCUUUAUCUCCGCCCUGGUCUUCGGCGGACUCAACCUGAGUGCCGCCAACUACAGCGCCGAUCCUUUCAUGUACACCGUGCUUGGGGGGCUGAUGGAAGUUCCUGGGUACUCGCUGACGGCGCCCCUCAUCAACCGUGUCGGGAGGAAGUGGCCGACGAUCUUGGGGUAUUUCAUGAGCGGCGCCGCCAUCUUUCUGCUCGUGUUCGUCCCCUCGGAGAUGACGUGGCUUGUGAUGACCCUUGCAAUGGUGGGGAAAAUGUGCAUCAGCGGAGCUUUUAUGAUCAUUAUUGUCUACAUGUCUGAGAUGUUUCCGACGGAGGUGCGUCUACAAGGCGUCGGGGUGACGGUUAUGGCUUGUCACGUUGCGGCCACGAUAGUGCCCUUUAUUACGGAUUAUUUGGGUCCCUUCUUCCCCUGGGCUCCGUCGGUCAUCUUCUGCGUCUCCUCCGCCGUGGCCGGGAUAGCGCUCCUGCCUCUCCCGGAGACGUUGGGCGCCCCGAUGCCCGACACGGUUCAGGAGAUGCCCGACGUCGGCCGCUGCAGGAAGUACCGUCGGCAGGAGGGGAAUUCCAGUCUCUGUAUCGUGAACAAGGGAGAAGAGAUGGAGGCGAAGUGAGGAAAGAGAGAGAGAAAAAAAGAAGAGCAAAAAUAGAAAUAAAGUAGAAACAAGAGGAAAAGAGAAGAAGGAAUACGAAACAUGGGUGAGAG